GUGUACAGCAUACCUAUCAACCCCUUAUCGGCGCCUACCUUAUCACAGACCAAUUAAGACCUUAUCGAUCUGCUGUGUACAGACAGACAGAGUGAGUGUACUGGUACUGGUGGGGCGGACCCCGCACGGUCAAACAAACUUCUGUCAGCAAGUAGCCUCCACGUGUUCACUUCCACAAUGACCGUGAAACCCAAGAAUCUUAAGCACACCACGGGAUUCUUGGGUUUCAAUCGCGCGGCCUUCAACCACCACCACCACCACCGCGACCACAACCCGGGCCCCCUUCAUCCCGAGCUGUUCCCCCUCUCACCCCGCCGCGGCUUCCCCUCGCUAAACCCCUCCAAUGCCCACGCCGCAUUCGCGCUGCCCGCUCGAGGUGUUAAUCGCUCGCAUUUGCAUCCUCCCCACCACUCCCUCUCCACGACCGCCGCCACCGCCGUUUCCUAGCCGCGCGGCCGAGCCGGUGUACGAGGAGGGCGGCAGGAGGCGCUAGGCGAGACCGUGGUCGGCUCUCAGGCCUAUAGCGUUGAUUGGGUGGUGGCGGUUUUAACGACAUAGCCUUGAUCGUUUUGUUUAAAGAGUUGCGAGUUAACAAGAUAAAAUAUUUUAAAAAACUCCCUUUGACAAGAGUAAAACUCUUAGCGAAUGCAACGGCAGAGUCGGCGACUAACAAUAAUAAUAACAACGAGAAUAAUAAUAAUAUCAGGCUGUUGUCUAAACACGAAGCGAUGGAAGGGGAAUUGGCGAACGUUGACAAGAUGCAGACGUGCGACGAGGAUAAGCGGUUACUCAAGACGGCCUUGAAAGAACCAGAGGCGGUGGACCUGCAGCAAGCCGCCAUGACAGUGGUGAACGUGGCAAUGAAGGACCCGGCGUUUUGCAAGCAUGCGGGCAAAAUCUGCCACACCAUUAUGCAGGCGGAGAGUAAGGCAGGAGGCUCGGCCUUGUUCAGACGCCACCUCCUCACGCAGCUGCAGACGGAGUUUGGGCGGCGCGAGGAGACGAGGAAGAACGACGUGCAGCGAUGGGUGCUCUUCGUCACCCUCAUGUGCAACCUCUUCGACCACGUCAAGGUGAACGGCGCCCCCAUGGUCGCGUUGGUGGGGCCCAUCCACGACUGCCUCACUCGCCUCGCCCAGCCCGACGCGGUGUGCAAUCCCCAAGAGGUCGACUGCCUGGCUCGCGAGCUGCAGCGCAUCGGCGAAGGCCUGGAGGAGGCGGCGGCGGCGGCGGCGGCCGGACCGGCGGGCGACUCUCGCAUGGACGAGCUCUUCUGCGGCCUCCGCGACGCGUUCCUGCUGGGCCCCGAUCUGCCGUCUCUGUCGCGCCUGCUGCUGCUGGAGCUCAUCGAGGUGCGCGCCGGCGGCUGGGAGCUGACCGACUCGGCGACGCGCUACUACUACAGCGAGCUGCCCGAGUAGCCCGACGACGAGGAGGAGGGACGGACGGACGGACGGACGGACGGAGAAGAGGAGGAGGAGGAGGAAGGUGGAGGAGCAGGAGGAGACAGCUGUGACGGUGUUCUCCAGGGCCGGGAUAUCCGAUUGUUUUGAGUGAUCCGUUGAAGAUGCCGUCUUGACCGCAGCCGUUUGACGCCGCCGCACUCCCGCUCCAACGCCUUCUUCCCCCUCCGCCAGGUCCCCUGCAGCCGCUGCUCAGGCGACGCGCGACGAACUCCCAAGAUGCGAGCCCGCGAUUGGCUACGUCAAGUUGCCAACCAAAUCCGACUUGAUGUGUUUCUGCGUGCGGUUUGUUGGUCCCUUGCGGCUGAAAACGGUCGACCCGCCAACCCCGAGAGGACCCGGGUGGUUUUUUUUCGUUUUUAUCGUGGGCGGCCGAAACGUUUGAUUCCCCACCAGCGCAGGGUUCUCUGUGAUGAGGAUUUUUAUUGAGCGGUUGUUGGUGGCCGGGCUGAGACCAUCAGCUCACUGCGUUUGAGAACCCUGUUUUAAUCCCAGCUCGGUCUAUGCAAGUCUGUGGGUCUCUGUCUUAAGUCUACACGUCUCUAUACGAGUCUGUGGGUCUCUAUGUGAAUCUAUGGGCUGAUACCAUCAACUCGCUGCGCCUGAGCACCCGUUGUAAUAACAGCUACGUCGAUGUACAAUCUAUAGGUCUGUUAUCUAAGUCUGCAGAGGGUCUCUGCGAGUCUGUGGGACUCUUAAGUCUGUGCGAGUCAUUGGUGGCCGGGCUGAGAGACCAUCAGCUCAGUGCACUUGAGAAUCAGGUUUAACCCCAGGCAGCUGGAACCUGGCUUCACAUCGAGGGUCUCAGUGGUGCUGCCGAUUGACUGUCUCCGACACGGCCGUGAUGAAUCCUCCAAAAGCAGGAAAAAAAUAACUCGGACUCUAGGAUUGAACCUGGAAUGCAGGAUCCUCAAGAUGUAGUGACACGGCCAUUGUGAAAUCACUCGCCCGUAUGUUGUCGACAGAGAGAAAUCCGUUUUGAUUACACGUGGCCUAAACCUGGAUCGAACCCAGGUUCUCAGGAGUGCCAGCUUCGUCCACCCAGCCGCCUCUGAAAUCACACUUCCCAUCGGGGAGUACGAAUUUUAACGGCAUCGGCUUUCCGUGAAUUUACAAAUCGGCAAGUGUAGCCCUUGCCGAAUUUUAAGAUGCGGUGUUACAGUUAAGUUGCUUAUAAAUAUAUAUUUUUUAAAAUGUAGCGGCGGGUCGCGUCUUUUCACUUUCGUAGUCUGUUUUUAAAUAAACGAGCGGGUUUCGUCUGAAUCUUU